CCAUUGGUAGGGCUAGAUGAAGGUGACCCUCCAGGACUAGAUGAAAGUGACCAUCCAGGACUAGAUGAAGGUGACCCUCCAGGACUAGAUGAAGGUGACCCUCCAGGACUAGAUGAAGGUGACCCUCCAGGACUAAAUGAAGGUGACCCUCCAGCACCAGCAAGUCAGGCAGAUGAUGGUGUGUCAGGUCUGUCAAAGAUGAGUUCAAGAAACAACCAAGAGAGAAAGAGAUAUCUUACCCGAUCUAGAGGAGAAGCACCCCCAUUUACAAAAAAGAUUUGUAGGGGCAAUAACAUAUUCUGACUUCUAUUUCAUUGUCAUUAUUAAUUGUAAUGUGCAUUACUAUCAAAACUUUGAAUGAUACAACAUUGGAGUAACUUGCUUAGAUGCAAAAGACAAGACUGCUACUAUCGCUACCCCAGCUACUAUUGUUACCACUGCUACUGUUGUUACCUCAGCUACCUCUGCUACUAGUGCUCUCUCAGCUACCUCUGCUACUAGUGCUCCCUCUGGUACC